AUGGGAUCAUACAACAUAAGUGCAUUUCCAGAGUUCUUAAGGAGUCAAGAAAAAUUACAAGUACUCGACCUUUCAAAUAACCGAAUAAGUGGUGCAAUACCAAACUGGGUGUGGAAGAAAAGUUUGUUUGACCUGAAUCUUGCUAAUAACCAUCUCUCAUCUUUGGACCAACUUUUACCCAACCAGAGUUUUACUUCUUCGCAGGCCACUUUGCUUCGACCUAUUUGUGAUAUGAGUCAACUAUCCACUUUCGAUGCAUCUCAUAACAAUUUGAGUGGCCCCAUUCCAAAUUGCUUGGGCAAUAUGAGGGCCCUCCGAUAUUUGGAUCUUCAUGAAAAUAACUUUAGUGGAACCUUACCAGAUUUUGCAAAAUCACCCGAUUUAGGGUUACUCAAAGUUAGCGAUAAUAGACUGGAAGGGAAGUUGCCAAGAUCAUUGGCGGAAUGCACUCAGCUUGGAGUCUUGGAUGUGGGAAACAACAUGCUGCGUGAUACAUUCCCUUUUUGGUUGAAGAAAUUGCCUAUGUUGACUGUUCUAGUAUUGCGGGAAAACAGAUUUUAUGGUCAAAUUAAACAUUUCAAAAAUAAAAUUGUUUUCCCGACUUUGGAUGUGCUGGACAUUGCUUCUAACGAGUUUUCUGGUGAACUACCCGUUGAUUUCUUUCCAGCCAGUCAGCUAAGGUCUCUCAAAAUCGGCGGGAAUAAAUUUGAAGGGAAGCUGCCAAGAUCAUUAGCCACUUGCUCAAAACUUGAAGUUAUGGACCUCAGAAACAAUAUGGUUCAUGAUACAUUCCCGAUCUGGUUGAUGAAGUUGCCUUCCUUGAAGGUUCUCAUUCUCAGAGAAAACAGAUUUUAUGGUACAAUUGAAGACUCUGAAACCGGACAUGACUUUCAAAACCUGCACAUACUGGACAUUGCUUCCAACAAUUUUUCUGGUGACUUUUCCAUUGAAUUUUUGCAAUGUUUGAAGGCAAUGAUGCAGAUGAGUAAUGGCAACAAAGCUGAGUUGGAGUACAUUGGAGGGGAUUACAACGGAGGGGAGUAUUAUGAAGAUUCUGUGACUAUUGUCAACAAAGGGAUUGAAAUAUUUUACCAGAAAGUUUUGACCAUUUUUACUUGUCUGGACAUUUCCAACAAUUGUUUCCAUGGCAGAAUAUCCGAACAAAUACAAAUUCUCAGGUCACUCAAAGUGCUAAACUUGUCCCAUAAUAGUUUCUCUGGAGAAAUCCCAUCAGCACUGGACAACCUAAAAGACCUUGAGUCUUUGGAUCUCUCAAUGAACAACCUGUCAGGUAAGAUUCCUCCACAGCUUACAGGUCUAACUUUCCUGGCAGCAUUGAACUUGUCUUACAACCAACUUGAAGGGAGCAUACCACAAAGCAACCAGUUCAAUACAUUUUCAAAUAAUUCUUUUAUUGGGAAUCCAAAAUUAUGCGGGCCGCCAUUGUCAAGGAAAUGCAAUGAAGUUGGUCUUCCCAUGUCACCUCCUCCAAGGGAAGAAGAAGAAGAUUCAUGGUUAGAUGCAAUGUCUACUUGGCAAAUUGCUUUGACAAGCUACGGUAGUGGUUUGGUCGCUGGGAUAUGUAUUGGAUUUACAGUGCUGAAUGAGUUGGGAAACAAAUGGGUUUACAAGUUCCAAAAGUAUGGGAACAGAAGCAAACGAAAAUUCAUAUUUGAAAAUCAGCCGUAA